AUGACGCUCCGGCACGGGAUGUCCCCACAGAAAUUGGAGCCAGUCGUCAUAGAGACGCCGGAGAAGCCCUAUACGUGCCAGGUGGGCGUGUGUCGCAAGUCGUACUUCCACCAGAAGGAUCUGCGGAGACACCAGCGGCAGUGUCACUCGGUCAGCGACAACGGUAACCUCUCGGGGGCUGUUGAAAUGACCGACGCGGACGGAAAAGUGAUGGUGCGCUUUCCCUGCGAUUUCCCUGGGUGUCAGCGUUCAUACGUCCACAAGAAAGACCUUGUGAGACACAAGAGGGUCUACCACAAAGACGAAUCAAAGAAACCAUCGAUCCCCAUCCCCGUGAAAUUCACAGAGGCAGACUUGAAGAGGAUUCGCCACGAGGAGAAGACUUUCACGGACAAGGAUGCCCCUGCUAAGAAACCUCGUCUUGAUAGCACCGGAUCUGUGAUGAGCAGUGGGGAGGAUCAGAGCCAAGGGUCUGAGCCCCUGACAGCAGUCCAGAUCUCGGAGUCAAUGGGAGCAGCGGUGCGGCUGUCGUCGACAAGCCCCGCUACCCCUGGAGAGGGAAGUAGUGGAUUAGACCAGGGGGGAGUCGGUGGUGGGGGUGGUGAGGUUGCUCCGUCGCUACAGUCUGCAGAGUUUCCAAGUAUCUCAGAGGACGACGCAAACGGGUUGAGUAACACGGUGCAACUGGCGUUGGGUCUGACGCAGCAACAACAGCAGGUGGUGGUGGGGGGCUCGGAGCAGCCCUCUCAGCUCUCCCUAUCUCUUCACACUGUUGGUCAGCAGCAGGCCUCUCCACCUCAGUCGGGGAACCAUCACCUCCCUACAAUUCUCAGACGGCAGCGACAUAGUGGAUCAAAUGGUCAACACACAUCGACUGCGGUGACGCAAGAGCAGCAACUGACCAAUGAGAUUGCGCUCAGGAACCUGGCCUCGCUCAUGUUGGGCGGGCUCCAGGGCGUGGCGACUAAUUCCAGCGGCACCUCAUUUGACACCACACAGCAGAGCGUCUCUGCAUUCUCUGCCUCUCCUCUAACUGUUACCGGGGACCCCGUUUCAUCCCAGGCAGGUGUCGGUGACCCGCAGCAAGCAGUGGCGGGAUUUGAUCCAGCGGCGAUAAUCUCGGCCCUGUCCAGCGUUGUAAACAACCCAGACCUUCUCGGCACGGCCUCGUCCCCCUCACUGGAGCAACAUCAAGUGGUGUCAAUGGAGAAUGUUGCCAGUGCACUCCAGUAUCUCACCAGCACAAGUAACAGUACAUGA